GGCCCAGAAAGCCCACACAAGGAGCCAAAGCGUAGGAGCUCUUGGAAGGCCGCAAUGGCGAUGAGGUGCCUCUCUUCUCUGCCUCUCCUCUCCCCGUCCGGCUCCAGGAAAGCCUGCGCUGUGGUCAAGACGCAUCCUGCCAACUCUGCCGCCGCGCACCGCCGGAUCCGGACCCAUAUGUCGGUGGCCACCGGCGGCGAGCAGGCCCUGACGGCCCAGGAGCAGUUCCAGGAACCGGAAUAUGGAGUUGUUAGUAUUCACCAUGUUGGAAUACUAUGUGAAAAUCUUGAAAGGUCAAUAGCCUUCUACCAGGACAUCCUUGGUCUUAAGGUGAAUCUUGCUAGGCCAAAUGACAAGCUACCGUACAGAGGUGCUUGGCUCUGGGUUGGCUCUGAGAUGAUCCACUUGAUGGAGUUGCCAAAUCCGGAUCCACUGACAGGACGCCCAGAGCAUGGUGGACGUGAUCGUCAUACCUGUAUAGCAAUCAAAGAUGUGUUGAAAUUGAAAGAAAUUUUCGACAAAGCUGGAAUCAGCUACACGCUGAGCAAAUCCGGGCGACCAGCGAUCUUUGCACGAGACCCGGAUGGAAACGCGUUGGAAUUCACUCAAGUGUAGCAACCGAGAGGUUGAUUUCCAAUUGGAACAUCUCAUAGCAUUAUGCUAGUAUGAUCCAACGACCUUGUUGCAUGUCUUGCUGUUCAGUAAAUAAGGUCUGUCUGGGGCAAUUCAGGUUGUGCCUUGUACAUAUCAGUCAAGUAAACGAGAUGUAUACCACAUGAUGAUAGAUUGAUAGCAAGUGAUGUACUACUCAGGUCAUGGUAUUCGAGCACUGAAAAUGCUGUCAGUAUGGUGCGAUAUUACUCAAGGCAAUUUAUAUGUCAACACAUGAAUCUUGUAAAUUCCUUUCACAUGAUGAUAAUACUACUUACAGUAAAUUUGCCUGGAU